CAGCUCCUGAAAUAAAAGCCAAACACAGACGGCACACGCUGCAUUUGAACACUUCACUUCAUUCACACGCUAACGGAUCGAUAUAUUGUCUGGAUGAAGACGUGGAUUUUUCUUUCAUUAGCAGCUCUGUCUGCGGUGUGUACGGGACAGCAAGACUGCUGGCGCGGGGCGUGUUACCCCACGAUGGGCGACCUGCUGUUGGGCAGGGAGCGGAGCCUGAGUGCCUCCUCCACAUGUGGUCUGAUGGGGUCUGAGGUGGUCUGUACUCCACAUGGACAGUGGAAGAUGAAAUGUUGUCCGUGUGACUCUCGUAACCCGGCGGCGUAUAACGCGCACACGGUCCAGAACGUGAUCUCCAGCGCCGGACCCAACCGAUGGUGGCAGUCUAAGAAAGAUGUGAGCCCCGUGACACUGCAGCUGGAUUUAGAUAGAAUGUAUCACCUGGAAACCGUCUUGCUCUCUUUUAAGGGCCCGAGGCCUGAUGCUCUGAUCGUCGAGAGGUCGAGGGAUUACGGUCGCACUUGGCAGCCCGUCCUGUACAUGGCCACCGACUGCCCAUCCACCUUUCCACAGGUGAGCACGUCGUUCCCUCGUAAUUUCGAGGAAACGUACUGCUACACACUGCCAUCCACCGCCGACGACCCCUACAGGGACCAGAAGAUUCACUUUUAUCCUCUGCGUCAGUUCUCAGACAUCAAUGUACCGAAUGAAUACAAAAUCGAAGUGGCGUCCGGGUUCACAGGUCUGCGAGUCAAACUGACUCAGCUGGGUUCGGUUCCCAGCAUGCCGGGCCGCAGUCUGAGCAAGUUUUACGCCCUGCGAGAGAUGCGGGUGAUCGGCUCCUGUUUCUGCCACGGACACGCCAACCGCUGCCUCCCUGACACCAAUGGCAACUACCUACCCAACACACAGGUGGGCGGCGUGUGCGAGUGUCAGCACAACACAGUGGGCGUGAACUGUGAGCGAUGUGACGACCUCCAUAAUGACCUUCCCUGGAGACCCGCGGAGAACGGAAACACACACACCUGCAAACGUUGUGAGUGUAAUGAUCACGCGGAUCGCUGUCACUUUGACGAGCAGCGGUACGAGGCGACGGGCCGCACGAGUGGAGGAGUGUGUGACAGCUGCGCUCAUCACACCGCCGGACCUAACUGUGAGCGCUGUGCGCCCAACUACUAUAGAAACCCUCUGAGUAGCAUGAAGAGCCCCGACGCCUGCCUGCGCUGUCUGUGUAACGCCGCUGGCUCUGUGAACGGCGGUCAGUGUGACUCUCAGACGGGAGCGUGUGUGUGUAAAGCCAACGUUGAAGGCGAACGCUGUGACCGAUGCAAAGCUGGAUACUACAACCUCAACACCAACAACCCGCUCGGCUGCUCUAAGUGCUCAUGUAGUCCAGAUGGCUCCAUCAGCGAUGCGUGUGAUCAGCUGACGGGUCAGUGUCAGUGUCGCCCUCAUGUGGAGGGUUUGUCAUGUGACCGUUGUGCUGCAGGUUACUGGAACCCGUCGUCACCCUAUGGCUGCCAGCCGUGUGACUGUGACCCUGUCAACGCCCGCAGCGCCACCUGUGACCAGCGCACGGGUCAGUGUCAGUGUCGCCACGGAAUCGGGGGCCGGACCUGCAGCGGUUGCCCUGACAACACGUAUGGAGAUCCUCUGAUUGGCUGCAGACCAUGUGACUGCGAUCCGUCGGGCACGGAGUCGGGCAGGUGUGACAAACGCACUGGUGCAUGUCUUUGUAAACCGGGCAUAACGGGUCCCCGAUGUGAUUCCUGCAGCCGCGGCCACUGCGCCAGUUUCCCAGAAUGCCCAUCGUGUCCGUCCUGCUUCUUCAGCCUGAACAGCCGUCUGCAAGAGAUCACGCUGACGCUGGAGCGCCUCUCAAACUACCUGAUCCCAUCCACCGGCCGACCGACCUCCAGCGACGCCAGCCGCAGGAUCCAGACGCUCAUGGACACUCUGAGACGCCUGCAGGAGUCUAUGACCGUCCCGCCACAGUCCAGCCACGAGCUCACCGAAGCACUGCAGAGACUCAACCAGAUCAGGUCUCAGCUGAACAGUUUCACUGAUAAUCUGGCAUCACAGCGGCGGGACGGUGAUAUUGACCGCAGUCUGGAUAACCUGCAGGCGCUUCUGUUAUCUCUGCGCCUCGUAUAUUUCACCAAGAGAGACGCUUUCCAACAAUGCCGCCGGAUCCAACAAUGCCAGUGCACCUUCUACGCCAUCCAGAAGUCCUAUGAGACAUCGACGGAUGCCGUUAAGCGAGCCGACGCCGCUAAAGACACACUGAAGAAGUCUGAGGGCCUGCGAGAAAACGCCCUGAGCGGCCUGAAAGACGUGCAGCCCGGAAACACUAAAGACCUGGAGAAACUGAAGAAGGAUCUGGCAACCCGGCCCAAUCUGACACCCACCGCAAACAAGGUGUGUGGCAGUGAUCGCGUGGAGCCCUGUACUCCGGAACGCUGCACCGGCGAUCUGUGCCCUCCUGACGGAGUGCCCCCAUGUGGAGCGGAGGAACCCUGCAAUGGGGCACUGCCCAACGCCAACAAGGCUUUCCAGGAUGCUGAUGAGGUGAAGGCCAAACUACAGGAUCUGAACAACAAAAUCACACAAGCAGCUGCACAGAUACAGGAAGCUGAAGAUUCAGCCAAUAGGGUGAGACUGUCCACAGAUGAGCUGGCCAAUCAGAUCAAGCAGGUGCAAGCUGACGUGGAUGAAGACCUGAAGGACACCAAAAACUUCAUAAACAAUCUCAGGGACUUCCUGUCAGAGCCUCAUUCAGACCCGGAUGAGGUGCAGCGGGUGUGCGAGGCGGUUCUGGAUGCUCAGGUUCCUCUGAGUAUGGAGAAACUGAAGCAGAAGCUGAAGGAGCUGCAGGAUCUGGCGUCUUCACUGCCUGACAGCAGCAAAGUCCUGGAGGACAGCAAAGAGCAGCUGGAGAAUGCCAAAAAACUACUGGAGCAGGCUAACAACACACGUGAUGCUGCGUUCGGUAUCCAGCAGGACGCUGAAAGCAUCCUGAUGACGAUGGACGAGAACGAGGACAUUAUCAAAGAGCUGGAAGACAAGAUCCGUAACAGCACUGAUAUCGUAGACGACGUCAAGAACAACAUCAAACAGAUAGAGGAUACACUGGUGCCCGCCGAGCAGGGGAUUGAGGAAGUCACAGGGCUGCUGAAGGACAUGCGCCCCCUGGUGGACGGCCUGAAGAAAGAUGUGACGACGGGAACAACACUGGCAAACAACGCUCAGGAACAGGCUGAUUCAGCUCAGAUUGAGGCCGAACAAGCAGCAGAGGAACUGGAAGCACUGAAGGAGGAGCUUGAGCGGAUGAAACGCGCCGUGGCUGCAAACACUGAGGCGGGUGAAGACGCCGUCCGCUUAGAGGCGCUACAGAAGGAGGUGGAGUCUUUGAUGACGGACACCAGCGACAUCACGCAGGCUCUGAAAGAUAAGGAGGCGUCCGUUCGUCAGGGAGCAGCAGAGCUGCAACAGAACGCUGUGCGACUGACCGGUCUGGACGCUCAGGUGAAGAAACUCAGAGACGACAUCCGCUAUAAAGUCACCAGUCUGAGCAUAUGCCAGGGCUGAGGAGACAACACAAACCAUAAAUGACACUACCAAUAAAGCAACUA